AAGCGUCUCGGUAAUAGAUCACCUGUCAACUAGUGCUGCAGCUCAACAUAUCGUUAAAAGGCGAAGUGCUGCCAAUUGUGUGUGUUGCUUAAGCAGAUACUUGUGGAACUCUGCUGGGACAGCCCCUAUGCAACAGUAACCAUAACUUGUGCCAUAAAUGAGUUACGUCGAUGUUUUUGUCGGGAAUUACAUCGUCAUUGACUUUGAGCUGUAUGACUUAUGGCUGAAUGGUCUCCCUGCGCAUGAGUGUGCCGUCACUCUGCAGCAGAGGGGAGUGUUGCAGUCCACUGGUGCCAGGUUCGACGAGCUGCUGUCAGACACAAAGGACAGCUUCCGGCUCUACGCCAGUCUAGAGCAACUCCUGAAAUGCCCCACAAAGUUUGGCAACCAGUCUGUCUACCAGAUAGAUCCAGAAACUCAGAAGACCCUCAUUGACAAGUACUAUAAGUCUGAUGACGUUGUAAUCCGGGAGCUUCUGGGUCGUAAAUUGUCCACCAGAAACCGCAACAACCUGGAUGAUGUCAGUGAGAAAACCAAGGUUCCCCUCCGCAGCUGCUGUAGACAGUUUGACAAUGUGAAGCGAGUGUUCAAGACUGUGGAGGAGAUGCCGGGAUCACUGGAGAAGAACAUCAAGACACUCUUCUGUCUCUCUUCUGACAAACUUGCUAAGAAAUAUGCAGCAAUUGUAUUCAUGACGAACCACAGAUUUGAAACCACGAAGAAGCGUCUCAGCCAUCUCACGUUUGAUGACUUCAUGUACUGUGCCGAGCUGAUGAUAACAAACUGGUCUUACAGUGCAGCAGAGUGUGAUAACCAUGAGGACAUGGACGUAGACCUUGAUCGCUCAUUUCUGCAGGAUCUCCGGGAACUGAAGAUCCUUACAGACAAACAGCACCUCGACGAACACAAGAUGUAUGUCAUGAACAGCCUAAAGACAUCUCUCAUCAAGAAGAAACAUUCCAGUCUCGAAGAUAAUUACAAGGCCACCUCCAAGACCAUUAUCAGUUUAGCGUACGGGUUAAACCACAGUAAGGAAGUGAGAAACUUUUUCUCCGAUGUCAUUGAAGAGGUAAUAGAACCAUUCAUGAACACAGGCUGGACGUAUGAAGACAUGAAGACAUUCCUGCAGAUGUACAAAGAUGCAGGUGUCAGACUCUCUGUCUUCAGGACGCUGCCGAGCCUGGGGAUCGUGUGGGAGCGAUAUAUGAACACAUUCAUCAACUGUUGCCUGAAGCUCUACCAUACCUAGCUCCAAGAUGACCAGUAAACUAGGACCAUCUGACCCCCAAUACCAACCCCAAGGCAUAGACGGAUAGACGAUUCCUGUUUUUGAUGCCAUGAUUUAACUGUUCCUUUUGUAAAGGGAUUGUAAUAUUUUUUAAUGGCAAAGUAAACUGCAUGCAAACAGACAAAUAAAUUCCAUGUGCUUUUUUGUGUACACUAGGUGAGUCAUUGAUUAUGUGAAAUAGCUAUUGGAUUUAUUUUAAUACUGUCAUUGCCCUCAUUACUGGCUGUUUCAACUUUAUAUCAACAAGAAAAAAAGGAAACUGUCACUCGAGAAACCAUUGUAAAUAUAAAAGUGCUUGUAUUUAUGUUAAAGAUUUUGUUAUAUUUUACACCACUGUUUACCCAUGAAAGAGCCAGUUUUUUUGUAGAGUUAUGAAAAUGCUCAAGAGUCAAACAUGUUUUAAACAUAAUGGGGCCAUAUGACAAGCUUAUGGUAUGAUCUAUUUUUGGGUUUGAUUUAUCUGAGUAGUCCAAAAAAAGAAUUUGAAACAAGAAGUGUUAUUAGUCAGAUUAGGAUAUGUUUAUUUGAUUUUUCAAGUAAAUCUUUUAAUUUAGUUUGUUACAAUCGCUUCACAUAUCCUUGAUGUUAAGAAAUUGUCAUACAUACUCAUUGAUGGCCACAUUUUUAGUUACUUAGAACAUAUUCCCAUCAUUUGUGCAGUCAUAUGAAACACUUAGAAUGUACUUUUUACUUAAACAUGAGUUUUUAGAAUUAUUACUGUACUCAGUAGUUUGAAAAAUAUUUUUCCAAUUUUAAAACUGUUAUUUUAGUCACAAACACCCUUUAUGUUAAUCUAAGAUGUUUGUUUAAUAUUGUCCCAUGUAUAGUUUGCCUCUGGUUCAUACAUUGUCAUGUUCAUUGCUGAUGGGAUCAAAGUACAGAACCCUGACCAAGGGGCAUUAUGUCCAUGUAGUUGACCACCGGAAUGGUUGUGAAAUACAAUGUAGCAAUGCAAGUGUGUUUGGGGUGUUGUAUGUGUGGCACUGCUAUUGUUUUCAUAUUAUUCUAUGAUGUGAAAGUACUUGUUCGCUUGAUGAUGGAAUAGGAGGUCUGUUUGAAAGAAAGCUCAACUCAAAGGAAUCUGUGUUUGUAUGAAUAUGUUUAUUUUAUUUUAUUCCAAAAUUAUAUUUCUUUUGUUUUGAUGCUCCCAGAAGGGAGAGCAUAUAGUCACUGCUUUGUCCGUCCAUCCAUCCGGCUGUACUUUCAUCAGGUCGUCACAGCCUUCUCAAGAGAAUAUCUUUUAAACUAUUGAUUGGAUAAAAAUGAAACUUGGUAUAUAGAAAUAUGACAAUGAGAGUGCACAAGAACCAUAAUCCUAUUAUGCAUAUUUAUUAAGUUAUCUCCCCUUUACCAUCUUUUCAUAAUUGGUGUUUUUCAGGGCCAUAAUUUCAAAACUAAUAAUUUGAUUGAAAUACAGAUGGAUGGCAAUGAGAUGAAGUGCAGUUCACAAGAACCAUAAUCCUAUCAUGUUUUUUAUUAAAUAAUGUCCCCUUCAACAUUUUUCAUAAUUGGUGCUUGUCUGGGCAAUGACUUCAAAAGAUCUGAUGGGAUUAAAAAAUAACUUGAUAUAUAGAUAGACUGCAAUAAGAGGAAUUGCAGUGUACAAGAACCAUAAUCCAAUCAUGCAUAUUUAUUAAGUUUUCUCACCUUACCCUUUUUUAUAAAUGGUGCUUCCUCACCCUUGUCCUUCAGAAUACCUUCAAAACUACUGAUGGGAUUGAAAUAAAACAUGGUAUAUGGAUUGAUGGCAGAGAGAGGAAGUGCAGUACUCAAAAACCAGAAUCCUAUUAUGCAUAUUUAUAGAGGUUAUUGCCCCAUAACCAUUUUUUUAAUCAUUUGAGCUUGUCCAGGCCAUAUCUUGAAAAAACAUUGAAUGGAUUGAAAUGAAACUUCAAAUAUAGAUUGAUAGAAAUAUUAAGAUGAAGUGCAUUAUUCAAGAUCCAUAAUCCUGCCUUGCAUUUUUAGUUCCCCUGAAACUCCCCUUAUCCGAUAGUUUUUGAAAAUUGGAGUUUGUCCUGGCCAUACCUUGGACAUUUGUGAAUUUCAUUUGCUGCUCUUUAAUUACAUUUCUUGAAUUUUACUUUUUUAUUUCUUGAAAAUUAUUUCUCAAACCUGCCCAUAUCUUUCCAAGGUAUGAUUUUUUCCAACUUGUGUAUAAUAAUGCUGCAACCAUUUACCUUCUACCAGCACUAAUUAAAAUUCUGCCUUUUCAUAGAGAAUGGGUGUUUGGGGAGCAUCUGUCGCUUCCAGUGAUAUCCUUGUUUCUGUCUUAUUUUAAGGAAUUAUGCAAUGAUCUAGCUAUUUUUUUGUUAAAGAAAACACUAAAUACUCCAUAUCUUAACAUGUUGCCUGUCUUUAUUUUUUUUAAAUUUUAUUUUCUUUAAGUGAAUAUUUUAACUUUUAUUUAUUAGAAGAGAUAUUUAAUUAAUGUUUACUUGAUUAUAAAGUACAUAUUAAUAAAAAAAUAUCUCCUCUUUCAUAAUACCAGUAAGUUUCAACCUUUUCAAAUGCCAAAUCUACAUAGUGAAAAUUAUGGGUACCUUUUUAAGCCAACUUAAUGUAUUUCUUUUUCCAACGUAGCAUGUGAUUUGUUCACUUUUCUGAAGGAAAGGCUCGGCCCCAAAGAGUAUUUUAAUAAUUGUCGCAUUUCAUGACUGGCAAUCGUUUAUCGCGUAAUAAAAUAUUUCUCACUUGUCUGGAGGAAAAAGAAGUUUAAAAUAGGGAGAGACGGGAGAGACACUUUAAGCUGUUGCCUGGUGUAACCUGCCUGCCUAUCCAUUAUUGUAUUGUUUUCUCUUAUCUACAUCAAUUAAUGUCUUUGCUUAAAAGCUCUCUCUUACAUUUGGAUAAAGUUUUUGUUUUAUUGUUGGUCACAUUUUUUUUAAUGGUGACUUAAAAUUGAAAGUUUUAUUUUUGGUGUCAGCUGUAAAUCGGAGAUAAACCCGCUGUUCUAUCAAAGUUUUAAAUCCAUUUCCAACUAAGUGUUGCAGUUGUUUUCAAAUUCUAGAAUUACUAGAUAUCUAAAUGCAAGUUGUUUUAGCACAACUUUUUUUGCAUUUUUUCACUUCUUUUCAUGUCAUUCUGUAAAUACUAUUGUAUUUGAUGACGAUGAGUGUUAGUAGUUUGUUAUGUUAGUUGAUUUUCUGAUUAAGUGCAAUAAAUUGCAACUAGAGA